AUGUCCCAAGAAAUUAACCUCAACUUCCUUAAGGGACUGGAGCGAGGGGUAGUUCUAGAUGUCCUGCAUCGUGACCAGAUGUUGAGAAAGGUGGACGAAGAAAGAAUAAGGAAACUGAAAAUAGAGCUGCAGGAACUUCGGUGGAGAGGAGCAAAAAGCAUAAGCCAGGACUAUCAGCAGAAGUCAUGUGCCCGCUGUCAGAAAGCUCUGGGAAUGCUGAUAAAUAGAGGCGCGGUAUGCAAUGGGUGCAGUCAUCAAGUGUGUUCUGGAUGUCGCAUCACUUUGAGUUCCUACCUGUGGAGAUGUACUGUCUGCUAUGCUCAAGAGGAUUUUAAAGUGAAAGCCGGCGAGUGGUUCUUUGAGGAGCGAGCAAAGAAAUUUCCAGCUGAAGGGAGACACGAAACGGCUGGUGCAAAGCUCCUGACAUUUUAUCAAAACCUAAGUAACAUUUCUGUGGUUCCUCCAACUCCUCCUCCAUUCAUGGAAACCGCUGGUGAAGUUCAUACAGAGGAACAUGACCUGGGUAAAAGUUUCCAUAGGUCUAUGGAAAACCUGUUUCUAUCUUUAACCACAAACAUAAAAAAAAUCUCAAAGUCCCAGAAUGAUAUGACAGCUGACAACGGUCUUCUAACAGCAGAUUAUGGGCAAGAGAUGGCUCCAAGGAAGGAGAGAAGGUCCCAGUCUGAUACUGCCAUCAAUAUUAUAUCCAAGCUAAGCAAUGCUGUAAGUCUUCCAUUCCUAAGUGGGGAAGAAGAUGACGAUGCAGUUGCUUCCAGAAGGAAUUCCAGUAAAGAGGGCAUUCCACCCAAUUCCAUAAUUGACAUAUUUUCUGCAAGAUUGAGAAGUCCUAGUUUAUACAGCAUUGACAGCACUUGCACUGAGGCCGGCAACUUUGAGCAAGCUGAUGUCAGUGGUGAGAUAGAACUUGCUGUAAAAUAUGUCUUCAGAUCUAGCAUUUUAGAAGUAUGCAUCAAGGCCUGUAAGGACUUGGCUUAUGGAGAGGAGAAAAAGAAAAAAUGCAACCCGUAUGUCAAGAUUUACUUGCUGCCUGAUAAGUCUCCUCGGAGUAAACGGAAGACUUCUGUCAAAAAGAACACAGUGGAUCCAACGUUUGAAGAAAUUUUAAAGUACAAGAUUGAAUGCUCGCAGCUAGAAACCCGACAACUUCAGAUAUCCGUGUGGCACUCCGGAUUUUUCAGGCAGCGAGUCUUCCUUGGAGAAGUCGUUCUAUCAUUCGAAUGUUGGGAUUUUGAAGACAUUUCAACUCAGUCAUUCAGCUGGUAUCAACUCAAAGCAAAGGGCUGCAGUCCAUGUGAAUAAGUGUACUCCUGUUUCUGUGGUGCAGCAGCUUCUUGAGAAGGAGAAGAAAGAAGAGCCAGCAAGGCAAAGCCACCACCACUGGUUGCUGCUUUAAAACUGAACUAGCCUUUCCCUCUCACAGAGGCCAUAGAACCACCAGUUGCCUGGGAGGAAGAUGAGAAGAAGGAAAAGCCAGCAAAGAGUCUCCAUCUCCACUUCUUGCUACUUUAGAAUAAUAAAAUUAGAAGGGGCCUUGGAAGUCUUCUAGUUCAACCCUCUGCUUAGUGCAGGAAACUGCUACAGCAUCUCUGACAGUGUCUGUUUGGAAGCCUCUAAAGGAGAGCCCAUCAGUGUUCAUGGCAGAUUGUUCGACUACCUGACAUCUUUUACCAUUAGGAAAUUCUUCCAUAUGUCUAGCCUAAAUCUGCUUGUUUGUAAUUUCAACCCAUUGGUUCUAGUUCUGCCCUCAGGUGCAACAGCGAACAAGUCCACUCCUGUUUCUGAGUGACCGUCCUUCAGAUAUUUGAGGAUGGCUGUUAUAUCCCCCUUUAGUCUUCUUUUCUCCAGGUUAAACAUCCCCAGCUCCUUCGAUCAUUCUACAUAGGACUUGGUUUCCAAAUCCCUCACCUUCUUUAUUGCCCUUUCAUAAACUUAGUCCAGUUUAUCAGUGUCCUCCUUGCGAUGCUCAGAACUGAACACAAUCUAGCAAGUGAGGUCUGACCAGUGCAGAAUAGAGUGGAAUGUUGAUUUCUCAUGAUCUGGACACUAUGCCUCUGUUAAUGUAUUCAAAGCUUUUGGCUCAUGUUCAGGUUGUGGCCCACUUAGACACCUAGAUCCUUUGAGAUGUGCUGCUGCCAAGCCAGGUUUUCCCCAUCCAAUACUUGUGCAUUUGAUUUUUCUAACCCCAAAGUAGGACACUUUAAACUGGAGCUAGUCACGGAGGCCAUAGGACCACCGACUUGCCUCUGAGGAAGAAAAGCCAGCAAGGAUCUCUAUCUUUUUCUCUUGCUGCUUUAAGCUGGAACUAAACCCUCUAUCCUUACGGAGGCUAUAGAAAAACUGCCUGCCCUGUGAGGACAAGAAGGAGGAAAAGCCAGUGAGGCAAAGAGGUGUUUUUUGUUUUUGUUUUUUUAAAUUGUGAUUUUAUUAGGUUUUAUUAUUUCUGUAAACAAUCUUGGUGCCUUUGGAUGAAAGGUGGUAUAUAAUUGUGAUAAAUGGAUAAAAUAAAUAUUGGCCCUAGCAGUGA